UUCAGAGGAGUUCUAUUCGACCAAAAACAUGAGACUGUCAUGCUCCUCCUGUCCAAUAAAAAGAGAGAUUAUUCUUACAUGUUUGUUAUGAUUGGUUGCUUGUGGUGAUAUACUUACAGAUAUGCCUUUCUGCUGAGCUGUGGGGCGGGACAACGCAGAAGUGGUGGUUGUAGCUAUUUAUGGAUAGAUUAAAGAUUUGCCUCCGUACGGAUUAAUUUUAACACCAGAAAAGUUUCCAUUGAACGAAGAAUACGUUCACCAGCUACCAAACAUUUGGAAAAUUCUCGACCUGGCUACAAGUUUAACAGUUCCCGAGACCCUACCCAGCAAAGUAAAGAAACGUGACAUGCCACAUCAGUGAUGGAGACCAUGGCUGUGAGCACGUCUGUGGUGGGGCCUGAUGAGUUUGACCGCAACGCGCCGCGCAUCUGUGGCGUCUGUGGCGACAAGGCCACAGGCUUCCACUUCAACGCCAUGACCUGUGAGGGCUGCAAAGGCUUCUUCAGACGCAGCAUGAAGCGUAAGGCCAGUUUCACCUGCCCCUUCAACGGCAGCUGUACCAUCACCAAGGACAACCGGCGGCACUGCCAGGCCUGCCGGCUCAAACGCUGCGUGGACAUCGGCAUGAUGAAGGAGUUCAUCCUGACAGAUGAGGAGGUGCAGAGGAAGAAGGACCUGAUCCAGAAGAGGAAGGAGGAAGAGGCGGCGCGGGAGGCCUUGAGACCUAGGCUGAACGACGAGCAGAGCCAGGUCAUCGCCUCAUUGGUGGAGGCCCACCACAAGACCUAUGAUGACUCCUACUCUGACUUCUCACGCUUCAGGCCCCCAGUGCGAGAGGGCCCAGUAACACGCAGUGCCAGUCGUGCAGCCUCCCUUCACUCUCUGUCAGAUGCCUCCUCAGACUCCUUCAACCACUCACCAGAGUCUGUGGACACCAAGCUGAUGAACUUCAGCAGUCUGUUGAUGAUGUACCAGGACAGUGCUGGCAGCCCAGACUCCAGUGAGGACGAUGGCUCCAAACUCUCUAUGCUGCCCCACCUGGCUGACCUGGUCAGCUACAGCAUCCAGAAGGUCAUCGGCUUCGCUAAGAUGAUUCCUGGCUUCAGAGGGCUGACUGCUGAGGACCAGAUCGCCCUGCUGAAAUCCAGUGCCAUCGAGAUCAUCAUGCUGCGUUCCAACCAGUCCUUCAACCUAGAGGACAUGUCCUGGAGCUGUGGUGGUGGUCCUGACUUCAAGUACUGCGUCAACGACGUCACCAAGGCGGGUCACACUCUGGACCUGUUGGAGCCACUGGUGAAGUUCCAGGUGGGCCUGAAGAAACUCAAGCUCCAUGAGGAGGAACACGUGCUGCUCAUGGCCAUCUGCCUGCUGUCUCCAGAUCGACCUGGGGUGCAGGAUCACGCUAAGAUCGAGGUUCUCCAGGACCGUCUGUCGGAGGUGCUCCAGGCCUACAUCAGAGUGAACCACCCAGGAGGACGGCUGCUCUAUGCCAGGAUGAUCCAGAAGCUGGCCGACCUGCGCAGCCUCAACGAGGAGCACUCCAAGCAGUACCGCUCGCUGUCCUUCCAGCCAGAGCACAGCAUGCAGCUCACCCCGCUGGUGCUGGAGGUGUUUGGGAGCGAGGUGUCAUAGCAGCCCCUCUGACCCCUCCCCAUGAGGGACCCCCUAGAUGGCGUUGAGAUGCUGGAUGGAGGAUUCAGCGAUGGAAGGGUAUCUGAGGGGGAUAGCCGAAUGGACCUGAUAGUCACACUGUCAAAGAAGGUUUUGGGGGGUUAAUUAGGGGAUUGUGAGUAAAGAGAGGAGUGAGGGGCUUUGAUAAGGUUGGAAUUUCCCAUUGAUAA